GAGUGUGGGCUGCCUCAGAGAGGAAUGGAGAGCCAGCAGGCAGCGUAGGAGAGCGGCGGGGCUGCGAGCACAGCUGAGCCCAGUCUUCUUUGUUGCAUGUGGAGCCCAUGAAGUGACUUCCUCCGGGUGAGGGCUGCCUUUCCUCUCAGUGCAGCAGCAGACAGCGAGGAGCCAUGAGAGAAUACAAAGUAGUUGUGCUGGGCUCGGGCGGGGUGGGGAAAUCCGCCCUCACGGUCCAGUUUGUCACCGGCUCCUUCAUAGAGAAAUAUGACCCCACCAUUGAGGACUUCUACAGGAAGGAGAUCGAGGUGGACUCGUCGCCCUCCGUGCUGGAGAUCCUGGACACCGCGGGCACCGAGCAGUUCGCCUCCAUGAGGGAUCUGUACAUUAAGAACGGCCAGGGCUUUAUUCUGGUCUACAGCCUGGUCAAUCAGCAGAGCUUCCAGGACAUCAAGCCCAUGAGGGAUCAGAUCAUCAGGGUCAAGAGGUACGAGAAGGUGCCCAUGAUCCUGGUGGGCAACAAGGUGGACCUGGAGGGGGAAAGGGAGGUCUCUUUUGGGGAAGGCAAAGCUUUGGCCGAAGACUGGAACUGUCCCUUCCUGGAAACUUCUGCCAAAAACAAAGCCUCUGUGGACGAACUGUUUGCUGAGAUUGUCAGGCAGAUGAACUACUCCUCCCAGCCCAAUGGAGACGACCAGUGCUGCUCCUCCUGUGUCAUCCUCUGAGGUGGCCCCCCACCCAACUGGUUUACAAUGCACCCUGUCACUUCUUGCAACCAACUUUGCAUCUAUGGAUUCCAGCUCUGAAAAGGAUGUGUCCUGCUGAGAUGUCCCCUCAUGUGUAUUGGGGGUCUGCAAAAGUUUGCUUAUGGGGGGGAUGAGGACAGGAUCGUGCUGUGAUCCAAGCCCGCCUGUCAUUUCACAUACUUCUAUGCAAAGUGGGCUUCUUGUUACAGAGUAUCCAUUCAGAAGUAUUGCACAUCUAGUCUGCACCCCCUGCUGAUGUGUGGGGGCCAGAGGGGGGAUCUAUUUUGUUUACCUGCUGUAUAAAAUGGGAGUUUUUGGGAAGAUUGUUAAUAUUUUUUUUUUUAUCAGCUGUGAAGAUGUUGGGUGUCUUUUCCGCCAUGUGCUGGCGAUAACCGUUUUUGAUGCCCAGUUAUAUUUAAUAGACGAUGAAAUAAUGACUAGCUCGUGCCAGGGUCUCCAGCACCCAGUGUCCUUAGAGUGCCUUCAAAAUUCAGCAGUUCCAGCCGGUGCCAACCUGUGAAAUCUCCCCAAAAUCCCAUUAUCUCCUAUUCUGCAAACUACUUAACCGUUUCCUCUGGGUAAUCACACUGAACAAGCAUGGACAAAGGGAUCUAUUGUCCCUGGAACCUAUAUCUGAGCCUGUAAAUGUCAUUUCCAUGUCUUGCACAUUUUUUAAGGGGGGGUGGGGGUGGUAGUUGGUUAACUCUUCGUGUCAUGCCUUCCCACCAUGGCACAUGGCACAGGAAGGGUCUCGGUCUUAUUACUCCUUUUAACUUUUACCUGGCAGGCAGUGGUUUUAUCAUUGCACACAGGCCAGAGAUCUUAAGGAAAAUGUGAUGUACUAUUCACAAGUGUCAUUUUAUUUCUUGGACAUGCUAGAACAUGUUUUCUGUUUUAAAAUAUGUUGAAUACAGACUCCUUGUGACAUAA